CCGCGAGCCGAGAGGGAGGAAAGGAGGGAGAGGGAGAGGGAGAGCGAGGCAUCGGUCCCAGUCCGUGCCAGGCACGGCCUCCCCGCCUCCCCCGUCUCUCCAUUCCUCGCCCUCUGGCCCCUCGGAGCGGACGGAACUCCUUCACUCCCGAGUCCGGAGCCUCUCGCGUCUCGUGCCGUCUUGCAGUCUGCGUCCGUUCGCGCCGGUUUCGACGGUGCCGCGUCCGUUUCGUGCUUCGUGCGUGAGCCUAGCGCUUCGAGUGCCGUUUUUCGCGUGGAACCCGUCCCUCACGAUUACUCAAUCUCAGGCCAAGGCCCGCCCUCGGGUCCACCCUCCCCAAGGCCUGAAUUUCCAUCCCGGAGAUAAGUGGAGCCUGUGAUCAGUGAUGCGUUGAUGUGGCUCAUCAUCUUGGCUAGCUGAAUUGCUAGUGGCGAGGAAAAGUGUUAUCGGCCCCAAUGACCAGGAUGAAGAAUUCCAGCAUUCUCAAAUUGGUGCAGAACAAUAAGAACUCCUCCAAAUCGAAAACAUGGAUCCAUCCUCCCGAGAACCUUCAGAACAACCACAUUGCUUACCUGGUGAAGGCAAGUAUCAAGAACAUGUUGCCCUUUUUUUUCUUGGGUUGCACAGAGGUGGACCAGCCGAAAGGAAUCGAGGUGGUGAAAGAGGGGAUUCGGAAACUUACUUUCAACCAGCAGCUGAAGAAGGCUGAGGGGAGCAGCAGCAAGCCACCCAAGGUGGAGCUCACCAUCUCUGUCGAUGGGGUGGCCAUUCAAGAACCCAAGACCAAGGAGAUCAUGUAUCAGUACCCACUCCACCGGAUCUCCUACUGUGCGGAUGACAAAGCAGAAAAGCGAUUCUUCAGCUUCAUCGCCAAAGAGUCCUCGAGCACAGAAAAGCACACUUGCUUCGUGUUUGUCUCGGACAAGCUUGCAGAGGAGAUCACAUUGACCAUUGGUCAGGCCUUCGAUCUGGCAUAUCGCCGGUUCCUGGAGUCUCAGGGAAAGGACAUUGAGUCUAAGAAACAGGCAAUGGUAUUACACAAGCGCGUCGAGGCCCUCGAGAGGGAGAACAAGGAACUCCGGGCUCGACUCCAGGAACUCUCACAGCUGCUCAGUCCUGAUGCACUCCAGGGAUUCAUGAGUCGCAAGAAUAUCCCAAAUUUGUUGAUCGUGGAUGAUGGAGACGAGGUGUCAAUGACAUCUACUACAUCCCAAGAGAAUGGAAAGCAUGAAAGUGAGGGGAUUCUGGAGGACAUGCUUCUCAUUGAGGCUGACCUACAGGGACUCGUUCCACCUCCUGUGCCACCGCGCAACGACCCCGACCCGGCAGUUGGUCGCCACCUCGAGAACCUACAGUGGAGCGAUCUUGAGGACUUGCACAACCCGCUCAAUGGCUCCAGCUCCAAUGGAUCUUCUCCUCCAAUACCUUCCUUGAGUCCACCACCUUCAAAGGGGAGGGAAGUGCCACCACCACCAAUUCCAGCCAGGAAUCUCUCUGGUCCAGCCUUGAAGGACAUCUUUGGUUCUGAGCCUUUUGCUUCAAGUACUAGGCUGGCAGAUCCCAUGAUGAUGCACCCAUCUCAGUCUAUGCCUGUUUUUGGGCAACAGAAGGAUCUGUUUGGGAUGGGUGACUUUUCAUCUCCAACAAAGUCCCUUGAGCAGUCCUUGUCUUCUCUUGAGGGGAGAAUCAGCGACAUGCAGGAUGGAUUCCAUCGUGGGCUCGCGAUCGAGAAGCAGGACUUCGAAGAAUUUAGUCUGGACAGCCUGGACCCACUGCGCAACUGAGAGAGACCCCAAGUCCCUAUCUACUCCUAAUCCCUCUCCAGUGCUGAUGUGAUCUUGCUAGAGAAAGAGAGUGCGCCAUAUUAUUUUUCUAUUCCAUCGGUCCAUCUAGACAUUUUGCAUCCCUGUUUGCAGCAAUGCAUCGUGAAAUUGUGUACCAUAUUCCUCCUCCAUUCACGCUCGGUAUCUGGAGCGCCAAUAUGCAUGUGAUGAACUGCCACAUCUUGUCGGUGGAUCCGUUUAUCCGUUUCUUCCUUCUCUUUUUAACCCAUUCCCUUUCUUUAUGAAUUCCAAUUUUAUUUUUUCAUGCUAGUUCUUUGUUUUUUUGAGAGAGAGCAUCUUUAGCUUUUAUGGUGCCUGCAUUCAUCUGAAUACAGAUAAUUGCUGAAGAUGUUUCUUAUUCUUUGCAUAACUUGCACUCAUGGGAACUUGUUGAGGAAUCGAAUGAAAUGUUAACAGAAGUGGAGCCCUAUAUCAAAGUGAUUUAUAUACUAUAUGCAGAAUCUUUGGAAAAUACAAGUUGAAUGUUGAGUUCAGGAUUAACCCUGAA